AUGGGCAAAGGAGGCCAGGGAGAAACCAACGGAGUGGAAGUGAAGAGACAGCUGCCAGAAUAUACCUGGGAGGACAUCCAGGAUAAGACCACAAAUGAUAACAAAUGGUUGGUCAUCGAGGGCCAGGUUUACAACAUCACUAGCUGGUCCAGACGUCAUCCUGGAGGCCCAAAGGUCAUAGGGCAUUAUGCUGGGCAAGAUGCUACGGAUGCUUUCAGGGCAUUCCACAAUGACCUUGGUUUUGUCCGCAAGUACAUGAAGGCUAUCCACAUCGGCACUUUGAAGCAGUCCCAGCAGGAGGUGAAGCCCAUAGACAAAGACUUCCGGGAGCUGCGGGACAUUGCUGAGAAAAUGGAACUCUUUAAGCCAAGCUUGCUGUUCUUUAGCCUUCACCUGUUUCACAUCCUGUUCUUGGACUGGGCAGCUUGGGCAGUCAUGUAUUACUUUGGUACCAGCUGGGUACCUUUUUUGAUUUCAUUGAUGCUGUUGACUACGGUAGAGGCUCAGGUAGGAUGGAUCCAGCACGACUUUGGCCAUUUAUCUGUGUUCAAGAACACCAAGCUAAACCAUGCUUUCCACUACUUCUCUGUGGGGAUCAUAAAGGGUGCCUCUCCCUUGUGGUGGAAUCACAUGCAUUACCAGCACCAUGCCAAGCCUAACAUUAUGGACAAAGACCCAGAUGUCAGAAUUGAUGCCCUGUUUGUUGUAGGGGAGACCAUGCCAGUUAAGGUGGCCAAGGAGCGGAAGAAGAGCAUGCCCUACAACUGGCAGAACUACUACUUUUUUCUCCUUGGACCCCCACUGCUGUUUCCAGUCUACUUCCAGAUCAUGUUGUUCAAGUUCAUCUAUUCCAGGAAGGCCUGGAUGGACCUCCUGAUGGUGAUGAUCUUCUUUGUGAAGUUCUUCAGUCUGUACACCCCGCUGCUUGGAAUCUGGGGAGCCCUUGCCUUCUAUUUUAGCUUCAGAUGUUUGGAGAGCCACUGGUUUACCUGGGUGGCCCAGUCUAAUCACAUCCCCAUGGACAUUGAAUUUGAUAGUGCCCAGCCCUGGCUGCAGCUGCAACUGAAUGCAACCUGCAAUGUUGAACAGAACUUCUUUAAUGAUUGGUUCACUGGCCACCUGAACUUUCAGAUAGAGCACCAUUUGUUCCCAACAAUGCCUCGACACAAUUUGCACAAAAUUGCCCCACUGGUGAAGUCACUUUGUGAGAAACAUGGCGUCUCAUACCAAGUGAAGCCCCUGAGCACGGCAUUUGCUGAUAUUGUUAGGUCCCUGAAACACUCUGGAGAGCUCUGGUACUCUACCUAUCAGGCCUACCAUGCGACCACCUCUUGA